UCGGCAUUUUCAGAGCCAAACACAACCAGAAAAGCUUCUCCGUUUUGAGUAUGUGAGUGUGUUGGUGUGCUAUAUAUAUCUAUAUGCAGCAGAGAGGUAGAUCUUACAACCGAAGAUCCAGGAGCUUCUCUAGAUCUCGCAUUGCCAUUGAAGGUUCUUAGAGAAUCGUCGUCGUUUUUAACAUUUUUCUUUCUUUGUCUCGCUUUCUUUAUCCUCUGCAAAUUCCAAUGGCGGCUCCUAUUGCUAAAGGAGGAGAAGAGCGUGAGAUACAGAAGAAUUAUUGGAUGGAGCAUUCGGUGGAUUUGACGGUGGAGGCUAUGAUGCUCGAUUCCAAAGCCUCUGAUCUUGAUAAAGAAGAGCGGCCUGAGGUACUGUCUCUGCUCCCACCUUAUGAAGGUAAAUCAGUUAUGGAAUUGGGAGCAGGAAUUGGUCGUUUUACUGGUGAAUUAGCCCAGAAAGCUGGUCAGCUUCUUGCUUUGGACUUCAUUGACAGUGUCAUCAAGAAGAAUGAGAGCAUUAAUGGGCAUUACAAGAAUGUCAAGUUUAUGUGUGCUGAUGUCACAUCACCUGACCUUAAUAUAUCUGAUGAAUCCGUCGAUCUGAUAUUCUCAAAUUGGCUUCUCAUGUAUCUAUCAGAUAAAGAAGUGGAGAAUCUGGCAGCAAGGAUGCUAAAAUGGUUGAAGGUUGGUGGGUUCAUUUUUUUCAGAGAAUCUUGCUUCCACCAGUCUGGAGAUUCAAAGAGAAAAUACAAUCCAACCCAUUACCGGGAGCCUAGAUUUUAUACCAAGGUUUUUAAGGAAUGCUGUUCACGUGAUGAAUCUGGAAAUUCUUUUGAGCUCUCUCUUGUUGGCUGCAAAUGUAUUGGAGCUUAUGUGCGAAACAAAAAGAACCAAAAUCAGAUUUGCUGGACAUGGCAAAAAGUCAGAUCACAGGACGACAAAGGGUUCCAGCAGUUUUUAGAUAAUGUUCAGUAUAAGUGUAAUGGCAUAUUACGUUAUGAACGUGUGUUUGGAUCCGGCUUUGUUAGCACAGGAGGGAUUGAGACAACUAAGGAAUUUGUAGCAACGUUGGAACUUAAGCCUGGCCAGAAAGUUCUAGAUGUCGGCUGUGGUAUUGGAGGAGGUGACUUCUAUAUGGCUGAGAACUUUGAUGUUGAGGUUGUCGGCAUUGACCUAUCCAUAAAUAUGAUUUCAAUUGCUAUUGAACGUGCCAUUGGACUUAAGUGCUCUGUUGAAUUUGAAGUUGCUGAUUGCACUGCAAAAACAUAUCCUGAGAACACAUUUGAUGUAAUAUAUAGCAGGGACACUAUAUUACACAUUCAAGACAAACCAGCACUAUUCAGAUCCUUCUAUAAGUGGUUGAAGCCAGGAGGCAAGGUUCUCAUCAGUGACUACUGUAAGAGUGCUGGAACUCCAUCAUCAGAAUUUGCGGAGUAUAUUAAGCAGAGAGGAUAUGAUCUCCAUGAUGUAAAAGCAUAUGGUCAGAUGCUUAGAGAUGCUGGCUUUAAUGAAGUCAUUGCAGAAGAUCGUACAGAUCAGUUUAUACAAGUUUUGCAACGGGAACUGAAAGCGGUCGAGAAAAACAAGGAGGACUUCAUUUCUGACUUCUCUGAAGGAGACUAUAAUGACAUAGUUGGUGGAUGGAAGGCUAAGUUAAUCAGGACCACAUGCGGUGAGCAACGCUGGGGUCUCUUCAUUGCCAGGAAAAACUGAAGAUUGAUUAUGUCCCAUGCUUUAAGUUAAAUCUGUAUUAUCUAUUAUGUAUUUGGAAACGUCAGACAUGGGAGGUUUCUUGUUGCUAGCUGAUGUUGUGUUGUCCUAAUAGAUAGUCCUAUCUAUGUAUGCAUUUACUUCUUGA